CAAAAAAUUUGUAUUCACGCUUUCUUGUCAAAAAAUAAGUUUGCAGAGUUUGCAUUUUUUAUUAACAAAAUAUUAACACUUUCUUUUCUUUUGUUUCACAAAUAUAAUCGUUAAUAUAAAUGGCAGACGAUACCAACGAAGAUAGUUGGCUUUAUGGAACCUCCAAUCCAGAUUCUACAACAAAUGAAGAAGAAAAAUUCUCAACGGGGGCCGAUGAAUAUGGAGAUGAGUUGACUGAUGGGGUUGUAGGAAAACGCAACUCGAUUGACAAUGUAGACCCCCACCACGCAGAAGUCACCUCAGGUGGCCGUAAGAAUCCCGGUGUUGAUGAUAAUGAUGACGAAGAAUAUUCACAAGGUGCUGUUCCGGGAAAGACACAACAAAGUCCCGAUUCGAACGAACGCCGUGGUGGACGUGAUAACCUCAAUGAAAAUGACGAAGAGGAUGAUCCCGCUCAGGAGAUGGAAGAAGACGAACAAGCGGCUGCUGCAGCUGAAGCAGCCGCUGCGGCAGCUUCAGAAGACGAUAACGAUUCAGAAAAGGCGAAAGAUAUUGGAGAUUCCGAUGAAGACGAUGACGACAGUGAUGAUGAUAUCAACGUUGUAAUAGGGGACAUUAAGUCAGGACCAUCGUACAAUAUCAAACAACGUACAAACCUUCUCACUACUGCUGGCACAGUUUCGCAGGAAAAGGCAAAGCCGAGCCAGGGAAAGUUUAAUAUCGAAGAAUUUGAAAGCAUUGGUACCAUAAAUGGGUUACCGGCACCAGAGUACAGCAUUGAUUCGUUGGAAGAGAAACCGUGGAGAAAGCCAGGUGCUGAUAUCACUGAUUACUUUAAUUACGGUUUCAACGAGGACACCUGGCGUGCAUACUGUGAGCGACAAAAACGUUAUCGUAUGGUUGAGAGUGGAGCUGGUUUGCAGAACUUGACUGGACCAAUGUCCAAUGCACACUCAGCUCCACAGCAAAUGAAUCUAGGUGGAGGAGGAGGAGCUGGCGUAGGAGGAAAUUCGCAGAACAAUAAUCGCAAUUUGACGGGAAUGGGUGGCAGCGAAAGCAAAUACUUGAUGAUGCCUCCUCGUCGAGGAGCCCCUGGCUCAAAUGGAGCCCCACCAACUUCCAAGGAGAACGUCAUCCAAGUAAUGACGGCUGAGUGUCGAGAAUACAGCCGAACAGGUGGACCCGGACAGCCGCCAAUUUUCAUGCCAGAAGAUCCAUUCUUUGAUGCCGACCCAUUCGAUGGUUAUGGAUACGAACCAACUCAGGAGUCACAAUGGAUGAAUGAAAAUCCAGGCUGGGUCCCGAGCGGAAUCAAAGAGUUGACGCCGGGCCCAGGUGGUAUGGGACCUCCUGGGGGCAUGGGCAUGGGUCCAAUGGGGCCUCCAAUGCAGCCUAUGGGUCCGCCCAUGAGACCUCCAAUGGGACCGAUAGGCCAACACAUGGGUAUGGGACCACCUAUGAUGAUGGGCGGCAAUAAUGGAGGCAUGAGGAUGAUGGGUCCACCUCGUAUGAUGCCACCAAUGAUAAAUGAUCGUGAUUGGGACAGAAAUGAGCACAUGGAUCGCGGCAGAGAUAGAGAUUCUCGAGAAAGUCGGGACCGAGAUCGCGACAGGGAUCGUGAACGAGAACGCGAACGUGACAGAGAUCGAGAACGUGAUAGAGAGAGAAGUGAACGCAGCGAUAGAGGAGAUCGAGAAAGAGAUCGCGAUCGUGACAGGGAGCGUGAACGCGAGCGUGAUUGGGACAGACCCUCGGAACGGGAUAGAGAACGAGAGAGGGAUCGCGAUAGGGAUCGUGAUCGGGGAAGAAGCGAAACUGAGGUCACCAUAAAGGUUGAAAGAGCAUCAGUACCAAAAUCACCAGUAAGAUCUUCAUCAAAGUCAACUAAAACAGUGAGAAAGGAUUCGUCAAGAUCGUCAUCAGUAGCACAGGACUCGGAGCGGCUUGAUGAAGAUCGAGAAAGAAAAAGACGUGACCGUGAAAGAGAUCGUGAGCGUGAAAGUAGAUCAUCACGUCGGGAACGCUCGAGGAGUCGUGAAAAAUCAAGACGCAGGUCAAAAAGUCGUGAUAAAGAACGUGAUAGAGAUCGCAAAAGUCGCGACAAAAAGAAGCAUCGGAAGGAUAAGGAAGAAAGUGAAUAAGGUCCCUUGCGUAUGUUCCAUAUCCACACCCAGUUCUUUCUGCGUCGUUUAUUUUCAAGUUAAGGAUAAUUAUUUUAUUCAUUAUUCUCAAACCAUGCAACUGAAGAAGAUUAGACAGAAAAAGUCAAAACUAAAUACAUUUUCCAAACAAAAAGUACUUUUUAUUUCUCCAACAUUUCUAUCUCUCCUUGGAAUCUUUAAUUAUACAAUCAAAUAAGUUUUCUUUCUGAAGCAAUUAAAGUUGAAAUAAAAAAUAUGAUUGUAGUGUUAGAAAUAAAACAUAUAAAUAUUUCUUAAUGUAAAAAAGAGAAUUUGUGAAGGAAUAAAUAUAAAGAAAACAGAAAACCAA